AUGAAGGGAAUCAACUACCUUGAACGUUUCAGCGAUGAGCAUCAACUGAUGCUGAUCGAGAAGGUUGACAAAGACAAUUUAGCGCUAUGCAAAGUUUGCAAGGAUUACUGUCAUGAUCCUUAUUAUUAUAGUUGCAGCGUGUGUGUUUUCAACCUCCAUGAUAUGUGUGCAAAUUUGCCAUCAUGGUACUCGAAUCCUUUUCAUCUCCACAAGCUUUUAAGCUUUCAGACUAAUGUGAUAGGCGAGCCGGAACAGUGUCAGUGCCAUGCCUGUUCUAGGGACAUAGAUGGCUACACCCACGGCUACAAAUGCGAGGAGUGCGAUGUGUAUCUAGAUGUUGAAUGUGCUUUACUAAGACCAACCAUAAAAGAAGAUGAAGAUCGUGAUGUUGAUGAGGAUCUCCCACGCUGCUACUUCUGUUGGGAAUUUAUAAUUAGCUCGGUCGAGUUCUACAAGCGUGAACCCUGCAGAUUCUAUCUUCACAAAUCAUGUGCUGAACUGAAGUUGCCGGAAGAGUUGAGUCACUUCUAUCGCCGUUGCCCUCUCACUCUAUGCACCAAAAGAAACUCUUAUAAUUGCAAGGCUUGCUUACAGAAUCGCAAUGGCUUCCACUGCCUCUGCUUCAAAUGCAACUUCAGGCUGGAUAGCAACUGCUCUCUACUGCCUGAGAAAAUGAAAUCCGAAGGUCAAGAUCUUUACUGUCAUCCUACGCAUGGGCAUCCUUUGACGCUUGUUGAUGUAACUGAUGAUGAAGCAAUUCAGUGUGUUGCUUGCCAGAAGAGCAAUUGUGAUAAGACUUAUGUCUGUCGUUGGGGUGGGACAUGCAAAUUUUUCCUCCAUCAAUGGUGCUUUGAUUUGCCUCCAUGGAUAUCCAACCCUUAUUUUCCUGCAGGCCCCAAGUUGGAGUUGACUCCUGAGUGUUUUCCUAAAGCAAGAUGCAGAGUCUGUUACUAUUUAUGGAACGGCUUAUUCUACCGCCCUCCGUCCAUUUUAUCAAAGAAGCAGCAAAAAAAUUCGGUGGCCUUAACAUUUAACGUACACGUUAAAUGUCCCGUGGAGGUGUCCACCAUAGCAUAUCAAGCUCAUCCUCACAAUCUUAUAUUUAUCGAGAACACCAUAGACAAUGAUAUGACCGACAUUAAAAAUGGAUACAAGUGCAGCGCCUGCGGCAAGGAUUGCAUAUCAUCAUCUCGUCUGUUUCGUUGCGUCAAAUGCAAUUACAGUCUUCAUCUUGAAUGUGGUCCCUUGCCGUGUAUCAUUCCCUACAAAAGUCAAUUACACACACAUCCUCUCAGGCUUACCGAUUCUCCGGUGGACGAGGAAUAUAAUCCAGAUAUGGAUGUAUUUUGUUUCGAUGAGUGUGAAAAGGAAAGAGAACCAAGGCUACCAGUUUAUUGUUGCUCUGAGGGCUGCCCCUUUAUUGCUGAGAUUAAAUGCGUGAUCUCUGAGGUGAAACGUUCGUUGUUGGGAGAUUAUGGCGAUGUGGAAUUGAAGUCCUCGAUCACAAAGAUGGCUGGCCGGGUGAUUGGCCAAAAUUAUGUUCCUCAAGCGCAAUAUCAGGAAUUAAGAUGGGACAGCGGAACAAACGAUGAAGAUUGCAAUAAAAUUGCCAGCCGUUUCACUAGACAAGACACUGACUUUUAUCGAAGCAUUUCUAAGGCUGCAAGAUUGUGGGAAUCACAAGCUUCUCUGGAGGCACUAGAUGAUGUUACUCCUGCGGAAUCCAUUUUGCGAGAUUCACCAGCAGGGUACUAUUUCAGAUUUAUGUUAUGUUUCAAUAUACAGUUUGCCUUGGAUCGUCUGGACAGGAUCGUGCUUUCUUCCUAUGGUCUUGAAGCUAAAGCAGAAUACGAGAACCUGGAGAAAAUGGAUAAAGAAAUAAUAGAACUUGAUCAAGAUAUUAAGGAAUUAGAAGCAAUAUUGGUGGAGAAAAGAGCAAGGUUACUGGCUCUCCAGAAGAGACGCGGGCAUGCGGCCUCCAAAGAAACUCUGGAUUCUAGCUUAAUAGACAAAUGCUUAGGGGAGGCUUCUGAACUGAAGUGGUGGACAGGUGGUGAAGCUUUAAGUUUGUCAAAACUUCGUUUCUGGAUGAUUGUAAUAUAUGCUGCAAAUCUGCAUUAUGAAAAGCAAGAGACUGGGAUUUCAUACACAAAACUGCAUACCUAG